AUGUCCGAACCGGUUUCGCCGAACAAUCUGUCGGUGCUGCCGCCCAUUCUCACGGAUGGCACAGUGAAACAGUCGCCGAGCGCGAAGGAUCGCCUGUCUAUGUACUCCAACGUCUCUUCCUUCUCCCAGAAUCGCUCUCGCCCGGGCUCCCACGUGUUCCCUAUCUUCCAUUCCAGUCUUCCCUACGCUCUGGUGCGAGAUUUUGCCUAUCCCCCGAUCCACCCUCUGCAUUAUGGACCACCGCCUCCGCGCGCCUCGGAAGUAUCCACGCCAGCGAGCGAAUACCGCCGGCUGUCUGAUCCACCCCCCUCGUGGGACACUUCGAAGGGACCCUGGGCCACGGGCCCGUGGAGCAGGGAGAGCGGCCAUCAACAACUUCCUGCGAUGUCCUUUGGAGACGGACCUCCGUACAGUGAAGACGAGGAUUUGCACAGUCCGGUGGUGACUUCGUCGCGCCAACGCCAGAAAUCCAAUGCGGGCUUGAACAGCAUGGUAGACGAGAACGGCAUGUUAGGCACCGGGCAAGCGGAGCACGGCACAUUCGUGGGAUUGAACCCUGAUGGCAGUGAGACAUACUAUGUCAACGACGAUGAAGAGAUGGAGGAUGGACCUGGCGGCGAGUACGUCACAGUUCCCGCAAAUGAAGGGCGAUACUCGUACAUGUAUGGCGGCCAGCAAGACUAUGCACCAGAUACAGUUUUCCACUCAGAGAACGGGGAUCGAUACUCAAAUGACUAUCAAUUCGCCGUCGGCUGUCCAGACGAAGAGAUGCACGGUAAGGCCGUUGCACUCUUUGACUUUACUCGUGAACACGAGAACGAGCUUCCUCUUACGGAGGGCCAAGUCAUCUACGUCUCCUACCGGCACGGCCAAGGCUGGCUGGUUGCAGAAGACCCAAAGACCGGAGAAAACGGUCUAGUGCCCGAGGAAUUCGUGCGGCUUCUGCGAGACAUCGAAGGCGGAUUGACCUCGUUGAACGGGGAGCCCGGCCCAGAUGUCACGGAAAGCAGCGGGUCCAUCAGUAUGGAUGUCACCGAAGACAGCCAUGCCUCGACUCCCACUCAGGAGAACCACCAGGGCACCAAUGGUAACGCCCCGGUCACUAUUUCGGUUGGCGGCAUCGAUGAGUCCUACGCUACAUCAGAGACCGGAAAGGCGGCUGGUGGCGCUGGCAAACGCUCUAGCAAGUUGACGAAAACCUGA